CGUAACUGUCUUCACCCGCUCUUGCCAUAUUCCCUCGCAACUUCACCCGCUGUUGCGCGAAGAAGGAGAACUCCCGCGAAGCCCUAGACACUAGUGGUAGCCAGGUAAGCUACUUCUCCACCUUCUCGCCUCACUUCUGCAGUUCUGCUCGCUUUGCUUCCUCCCUUCCAUCGCCGUUUGGUUUCCAGGAAAAUCUAGGGCGAAGUGUGAACUUUUGGUUCCUUUUUUUUCUUGGGUGUAGUUCCCCCUUCGUUGGUUUUACAAAAAUCGAGUCAGAGAGCUGCGGAAAGUAACAAAUAGCUGCGAGAACUUGACUUUGUUGGUUAAAGGUCAAUUCUUUUUCAGGUUGUCACAGUAAGAACGUAGUUGAUUAGGUUUAGAUGGGGGCACAGUAAAGUUGCGAUCUUUCAGUGUAGUAAUGUCUUGAUGGGUGAGAAUUUCGAGUUUUAGGGUUUGGUUUUCACUAGACGGCCGUAGUGUUCGGGCAUUUUGUUGCCUACAUUUGCGUUUGGUUCCUUAAUUUCUACUGCUAUUGUAACUCAUUUGGUUUCAACUUUCAAAUGUAUGAACACGAACAGUUAGGGGCAGCAGUCCUGUCUUUAAUGUCUAGUAUCUGAUCCGAAAUAUGGUGAUGAAUGCUGAAGUGGAAAGCAAAACUCCAAACCUUGAAGUGUUGGAGGGAAGUGAACCGGUUUCGAGGCGUAAUGAAUCGGAAGAGAGGAUUAAGAAUGCUGAAGCGAGGAUUAGAGGAUUGGAAGCAGAGAUGGAAAUAUGGAAGAGCGAUUAUAAAGAAUUCGAAGGGAAGUAUAAGGCUCUGGAGCUUAGAAAGUUGGAAAUUGAAGAUGAACUAAAAUCUUUGAAGGCAAGAAAAGUGGAGGACGAUGAUGAGCUUUUUCAGCUCAAGGUUGAGAAUGCUACCCUGGAAUGCGAGAAAAAGAAGGCUGAAAGUGAGGUUGAAAUUUGGAAACGUAAGUACCACGAAUUGAAGUCUAUGGUGGGAAGAAUUACCGACAAAAUUGAAGAUGGAUAUGUACCUGCUGCUGGAGCUAAUUCUGACAUUUCUAGAACACCUUGUAGCAAUCUGCCAAACAAUGACGAGUCCCUUUUUGGAGGGGAGAAUUCCAGAGGGAGAACUUGUAGAAAAGCUAGAAGACUUCUAUUUUUUGAAAAGGAAAAAGAUUCCAUCAGGAAGAUGGCUCCAUCAACUCCUACAGAUCCCAAAGGUAAUUUGUCUGGCAUCAUCAAUAUAGAUGGCAGUGAUGACGAACCUAAUAACAGUGAUGAAAAGGUGAAAGCACCCAAAACCAGUUUGAAGAGUAGAGUUGAUGAUCUUAGCCUUGACGACGAUAUGAAUGUGUGCAUUGGUAACAAUCCGUGUGCCACUACUCCCAAGAGGAAGAGAGCUGCAAAUGUGGUUGCUACUGAUAGUGAGAGUGAGGAUGAUGAUAUUCCACUAUCUCAACUGAAGGCAAAGCGUUUUCGCAAAGUGAGCUUUGAUGCAAAUGGCUUGUCACAGGCUGCUUCACCUUCUGCGAGUGACGAUGAUGAUAAUGAUGAUGAUGAAGAUGUGAGGGACACUGUGACCCCUCGUAGGCGGCGGUUAAAGAGAAUGGGUGAAUCCAGAAGAAAAUCAUAUGCUCAACAGCUUGCUUCAAGUGAGACUAACUGCGGAAGCAAAUACGAAAGAGGAAUUCCUACGACGGCGGAUGGUGCUGAAGACAGUACAACAGAUGAAGAAGAGGGUUCUGGCAGUUCAGACGACAGCAUGAAGGAAUUUAUCGUUGAGAGUUCUGAUACAUCACAUUCUUAUGGUGACACCUGUUCAACGGAAGAUAGUGCUGAUAUCGGAGUGGAAAUGAAAGACAUCGUGGCUAAGCUUCAACGAAGCAGGAAUCGGAAGUUCAACUGGGAGUCAGUGGGUGAAAUGCAAUCUGACUUUGGCAAAGAUAAUGAGCUUUGCAUGAGAGCUGUUUGUGCUCUUUACCGACAGCAAACUAGUGACGAACAAGUUGCCAAGAAUACAUUCCACUCCAAUAAGCGAGGAUUCAGCCAAUCUCAUGCUCCCAGGGCCUCCAAGAUCGCGGCAUUUCUGAUUGAUUCCACCGGCGAUCUGAGCAAGUCUGUGGAGGAAUUGCGAGAAUAUGAUCCCAAGGCAGUUGACAAGUGCAGAGAUUGGGCGUUGCACUAUGCGAAUCAACUGUUUAACAUUUACAAGAGUGGGGAGGACCCUUUCUUCCCUCCUGCAGUGGACAACAAGUAAAGCCAGAGCAUGAUCUUUGCCUGCUAGUGAUUGGAAGUCUCCUGGAAAGCCUCACCUUCUUAAAGGAAGGUCAGCGCUUAUUUUGUAUGUAGUGGCAAUUAGUAUAACUAGCCAAUCCAGGUUCCAGCACCUGUUUUGUUUUUGGCAAUUGGCAUGUAUGAUCUCAUGUAUACCUUGUCUGCAGUAUGAAACUUAGAACCGUUGAAUGGAAUAUGUACAGUAUGAUUAUGAAAGCAGCCUCUUUAUCGCGAAUCGGGCCAUCUUUUCCAUUGCUGAUACGACGCCUCCCCUUCAUGCAGGAAGAGAGAUCAGAUCACUGCAUAUUUUGUGUGCAGUCUAGCUAGCAAUCUAACUACUUAACUAUUCCGGCACACCUACAUUUUGCCCUUUGCUAUUAAUCGUAUGAAAUCUUAAACGUGGAUUAUCACAUCAUUUUAACCUUGAGUUAUUGCUACUAAUACGAAGUAGGAUAUAAACUCGAGAUAUGGAU